AUGUUGCCUCCCCUGCCAGUCACCCUCUUCCUCCUUCCCUCCUGCUUCCCGGGAAGAGGAAGCAGUCACCUCCUCCAGGAAGGUCUGCCCUGGCUAAAGACCGAGUUUGCACUCCGCCUCUACCGCAGCGUGGCAGCAGGGAAAAAUGGGACAAAUUUUGUCAUCUCACCCGCUGGUGUGUCCCUUCCACUGGAGAUUCUACAGUUUGGAGCCCAGGGAAACACUGGCCGGCAGCUGGCAGAUACCUUGGGAUACACUGUGCACGACCCAAGAGUGAUGGAUUUCUUACGUGCUGUUUAUACCACACUAUACAACUCCAGCCAAGGCACCAAGACGGAGCUGUCGUGCACCCUUUUUGUACAAGUGGGAACACCACUGUCUCCUUGCUUUGUGGAGCAGGUCUCCUUGUGGGCCAACAGCAGUGUGCAGCCAGCUGACUUCAGCAAAUUCAACACCACCACCCUCCAGAGCAAUGAAGAGGAAUCUGGACAACCCACAGGCAGGGGCCCAGGCGGCCCACCGUGGGAGCAGGCCAGUGCUGUGUCUGUCCAGCUCGCCCUUGUGAGCACCAUGACCUUCCAAAGCUCUUGGCAGAGGACAUUCUCUUCCAUGGACUCACAGCCCCUGCCUUUCACCUGUGCCAGUGGCCUCAUCCUUCAGGUCCCCAUGAUGCACCAGAUGGCUGAGGUCAACUACGGCCAGUUCCAGGAUGCCCUAGGCCAUCAGGUGUCACUGCUGGAGCUGCCGUACCUGGGAAGUGCAGCAAGUCUCUUCCUGGUGCUGCCCCGUGACAGAAGUACACCCCUGGGCCACAUUGAGCCACAACUUACAGCCAGAGUCCUUCACCUCUGGACCAGCAGGCUGAGGAGAGCCAGGAUGGAUGUGUUCCUCCCCAGAUUCAGAAUCCAAAAUCAAUUCAACUUAAAAAGCAUCUUAAGGUCUUGGGGAGUUACCGAUCUUUUUGAUCCACUCAAAGCAAACUUGAAAGGAAUUUCAGGCCAGGAUGGCUUUUACGUUUCUGAAGCAAUCCACAAGGCCAUGAUGGCGGUUUCAGAAGAAGGAACUAAGGCAUCUGCAGCCACAGCUCUGUUGUUGCUGAAAAGGUCUCGGAUUCCUGUUUUUAAAGCAAACCGGCCAUUCCUCUUUUUCCUGAGAGAACCCAGCACAGGGUUUGUCUUCAGUAUUGGGAGAGUUUCAAAUCCCCUGGACUAAAUUAGCAGA